UCAGAGAAAGAAAAAGAGAAAGAGAAAGAGAGGGAGAGAGGGAGAAAGAGGGAGAGGGAGCUUCUGUUUGUUGCUCUGUGAUUCUACAAUGUCGGGUUGCAAGGAGGAAGACCCUCGUAUCCAUCGCAUCAGCACUAGAAUACGCGUCGUUCCCAAUUUCCCAAAACCAGGGAUCAUGUUCAAGGAUAUCACCACCCUGCUACUUGAUCCUAAGGCGUUCAAGAACACAGUAGAUUUGUUCGUCGAGAGGUACAAGGGGAAAAAUAUAUCGGUCGUUGCAGGGAUCGAGGCUCGUGGUUUUAUUUUUGGCCCUCCCAUUGCAUUGGCUAUUGGAGCAAAGUUUGUUCCUUUGCGAAAACCGAGGAAGUUGCCUGGUGAAGUUAUUUCAGAAGAAUAUGUGUUGGAAUAUGGAACAGAUUGUUUAGAGAUGCACAUUGGAGCAGUUAAACCAGGUGAACGUGCUUUGAUAGUUGAUGAUUUGAUAGCCACUGGAGGUACACUCUCUGCAGCAAUGAAGUUACUUGAGCGUGUUGGUGCAGAAGUGGUUGAAUGUGCAUGCGUAAUUGAACUACCAGAUCUAAAGGGUCGUGAGCGACUGAAGGGCAAGCCAUUAUUUACCCUUUUGGAAUCCUACUAAUGGCCCCGGUAGGGUUGAAGUGCUGCUCCGGAUGAAUGGUUGUUCACUCUGUAUAUGGUAGGCAUGUUGUUGGCGGAAUCCUUUUGCCAACCUGAAUGUUGUUUCCAGUUUCCCUUGUAAAACAUUGGUAGGUUAUUUUUAUUAUCCUUUGUUAUUGAUGCAUCUUUGCAUUUCAUUUAGAGAAACUUGUAGGUUAUUUUCUGAUUAA